UAUGUUUAUAUAAAAUAAUAUGUUUCAACAUUAAAUGUAAUAAUUAUUUGCUUAUAAUAUGUAUCUUAGACAAAAUGGAACAAAGUGAUAAUGAUGCAAGCUAUAGAGUAUCAAAUAGCUUUACAUCUGAGUUAUUUAAUGUUACUGAUGUUGAAAACAUUGUUAAUUUUCCAAAUAUUAUAAACGAAUCUCAAAAUGCUGUUAACAAUGAGUAUCCAAAGAUUACAGAAGACGACUCAUACAAAUUGUGGUUAUUGCUGAAUGAUUGGAACUUGGGCUAUUUACAUAAAACAUGCAUUGAUUCGAUGAUUGAUUUGGAAUGUUUAAAUUUUAUAACAUUAGCUCAAUGUGAAAAACUGUUGAAACAUUUUCCUCUAGGCAUUCAAAUGAAAUUUGAAAUUCGUUUGUCAAAUUGGAAAACCAACAAUCAAGUUCCAAGUCAGUUACUAGAACUUCAGAGGGUAGCCCAACCUAUUUCUAACGCAAUUCAUAUGAUGUUACCUGAAACUACAAAAACAGUAUUAAGUCUAAGCAAAAUUCUUGAAGACCAAUCACAGGGAUCUUUGGUGCUCGAAAACUACAAAAAGUUUAACUCAUUAAAUGAUGCAUCUAGAAUAAUACUGGUUGAUAUGAUAAUUAAAACAGCUAUAAAAGAAAAUGUUACAAUGACAAUUAAAACUGCCGAAGAAAUUGCCAAUCAAAUUGUGGCAGCUUUUCCUAAUGAAGUUAAGGAUUAUUACUUUAUGCGUGAUGGAAAUAGAGCACCAAAAGGAAAGAUAUAUGCAAAAUAUCACAAUGUAAUAAGAACUUUAAAAAAUGGUGGGCUAAUAGAAGCAACAAAGAAACAUAAACUUUCAAAAUAUGAUGAAAAUAGUAAUGUUCGUCAUCUGAGAAACUUUGAUCCAGAAACUGGUAUUGAUCAAUACUUAAAUUCUUUAAAACAUGACAGUUGCACAUUCAAUGAAAUUGAAAUUAUCUGGAGAGCAACUGUGAAGUAUAGAUUGAAUUAUAUCAAAAACAGUCCAAGUACCACUGAUACACUAAAUUACUGGACAAGCUACAAACUUCCAUCUGGUUACAAAUUAAUUGAUAUUGAUUUUAAUACACUUUAUCCGUCUGCAUCAAACCUAAUGACAAUGUAUCCAGAUGUAUCACAUAAACUUAUAGAUUUAUUAAAACUAAAAAUCAAAGAUUCUCAAAGUGUAAACCUGCUUGAUGAACUUUUGGAAAAGAACCCAUUAGAAAAUGGCCGUGCUGCUUGUAUUUUCUACCUUUUACAUGCAAUGUUUAUUCCUACGGUGAGAAAAUUGACUCGUAAUGAUAAAGGACAAAAAUCCACCAUAAAAUAUUCAAUUAGAGAUUCACAGAAAUCAUUUAUAAUUAAUGUUGAUAGAGUCUCACAAUUUGAAGAUGUCAUAGCUAAGAAAAAAGAUUUGUGUAUCCCAAUACAACCAUUUAUGGUAGUAAUUGGUAAAUUAAUGGAACCAAAAGACAUUAUUGUAUACUUUGAUGACAUAAAGUAUAAAGUUUUAACUAUCCAGAGAGCUGUGGAUGUAGUUUUUAAGUUGUUUCAUACAUUUAAUCUAUUGUACCCUGAGGAAUCUUAUAUUGUAUGGUUGUUUGUACAAAAAUUUUUUUAUAAUAUUCACAUUAAGUCUGACCAAUCUCACCCAAUUAUAAGUACAAUUAUUUCUGAACUAAAUAAAUGAAAUACAUUUCAAAUUAUAA